AUGUCAAGUGUACCAGAUAUCAAAACUUUACCAAAAUUAUCCAACCCACUAGAAGAUGCUAAGAGAUUAGCUGCUUACCGUGCAGUUGAUGAAAAUGUAGAUUUCCAAAAUGAAAGGGUUAUUGGUAUUGGUAGUGGUAGUACAGUUGUCUAUGUAGCUGAAAGAUUAGGCCAAUACCUAAAAGAUCCAAAAUAUACCAAAUAUGUAUCUCAAUUCGUUUGCAUCCCAACUGGUUUCCAAUCAAGAGCUUUGAUUCUAGAUAAUGGUUUACAAUUAGAUAGUAUAGAUCAUCACCCUAUUAUUGAUAUUGCUUUUGAUGGUGCUGAUGAAGUUGAUGUCAACUUACAAUUGAUUAAAGGUGGGGGUGCUUGUUUGUUCCAAGAAAAAUUGGUAAGUACAAGUGCAAAAAGAUUUAUAGUUGUAGCAGACCAUAGAAAACAAUCUCCACAAUAUUUAGGUAAGAAUUGGAGACAAGGUGUCCCAAUUGAAGUAGUACCUUCUGCAUAUGUACGUGUCCAACAUGAUUUGUUAAAUAAGCUACACGCCCAAACUGCUGUUGUUAGACAAGGUGGUAGUGCAAAGGCAGGUCCAGUUGUCACAGAUAACAACAAUUUCAUUAUAGAUGCUGACUUUGGUGAAAUAAAAGAUCCAAAGUCAUUAUAUGUAAGCAUUGAAAUGCUGAUUGGUGUAGUAGAAGUGGGUUUAUUCAUUGAUAACGCCGAAAAGGUUUAUUUCGGUAAUGCUGAUGGUUCUGUUAAUGUGUUGGAUAAGAAAAAUUAA